UCCGCAUAUCAAUGUCUCACUUUACUUUCCACAGAGGUGAAUGACAUCACCGUAAAUCAAUCCGGCCACCAACCCUUUCAACCGGGCUGCCGCGAAGUUAUGAAACUGUGUACCUACCCUAGACACGGGCAGCAUCUCCAACCAUGCAGGGACUUGCGUCUAGGCUGCGGGGAAGCGUGUCGGCUCGAUCGUAUUAACCCGACCUACUGCUUCGGCAAGUGUAUGGACUCGCACUAAAGUCGGGGUUCAGAUAGCACACCAUGUAACAAGGGUUAAGCAGCUAGGUAAAUGUCGACGAUACCAAGAAUGAGCUACCCGAAAAUGAACCACCACGUUUUAUCUCAUCCCACCCCGCGUCUUUUCCUUGCGCGAUAAUUCCUUUUCUUGAUACCUCGAGUAGAAGCAAGUUAUUUGUCAGGAAUCAUGUCGCAUCCAUUUGAAAAGGUAAUUAUCGUGGGAGCUGGUCCUUCGGGUCUACUCCUCGCCCUCCUCCUAUCCAAGCACGGGAUCCCGGUGGAGAUACUCGAAGCGUCACAUGAACUAGACAAGCAGCCGCGCGCGGCGAUCUACGGAUCCCCCGCGAUUCCGGAUCUGCGGCGAGCGGGCGUCAUCGACGAGAUUCGGCGGCGGGGUAUGAGUCCGACGUCGAUGUGCUGGCGACGAUUCAAGGACCACAGCCUGAUUACCGGCAUGGAUGCGCAAGUCCUAGAAGAUCUAAACGGCGAGGACAUGCGCAUGGCUUGUUUGGUUUUGGAUGAAUUGGAUGCGCUGAUGCUCGAGGAGUUUCUUACUAAGUACAACGGCAAGAUUAGCUGGAAACACAAGGUUGUCGGCACUGGUCAAGAUGAGAAACAAGCGUGGGUAGACGUUGAGACACCGGAGGGCAAUAAGAAAAUCUAUGGCGACUACGUUAUUGGAUGCGAUGGUGCGGGAAGCGCUGUUAGGAAAUCUCUCUUUGGCGACGAGUACCCUGGGUUUACUUGGGAGAGGCAGAUCGUGGCGACGAAUAUCUACUAUGAUUUCACCAAGUUCGGGUUUAAAGACUCUAACUUCAUCUUACAUCCCGAUCAUUUCUAUAUGGCGGCCAGACUCACGAAAGAUGGGCUGUACCGAGUGACAUAUGGCGAAUCACCUGGCUUAACCUGGGAACAGAUGCAAGAGCGACAACCCUGGAAAUUCGAGCUGAUGCUGCCCGGCCACCCCAAGCCGGGCGAGUACAAGAUGAUUAGCAUGUCACCCUACAGAAUGCACCAACGAUGCGCGCCUAAGUUUCGCGUAGGUCGAAUCCUACUAGCGGCCGACGCGGCGCAUCUCUGCAACCCGUGGGGCGGCAUGGGAAUCACCGGUGGAUUCGUCGACAUUGGCGGUCUAUACGAUUGCCUCUCAGGGAUUUGGGAUGGGAAAGCGGAUGAGUCGAUCUUGGACAUAUACAGCGAGAAGCGAAUCGAGAAGUGGAAGACAGUCAUCGACCCCGUCUCCCAGAGCAACUUCCGCCGCGUCUCCGAUAGCGAUCCGGACACACUGUUGGAGCGCGAUCCCGUCAUGCAGGCAUGCAAAGAUGCGGAAAACGACUUGGAGAAGCAGAAGGGGAUGUACCUGAAUUUCUUUGAUAUGAAGUACGAUUUUACUCAGCAUUAUAAGACGGCAUGAUAGAGUACUAGGUAGAGAUAGGAUUAGUAUACGGUCAAAAUGUAUCUUUAUUCCAUCAGCAUGCGUUAAGUCUCAUAUGU